AUGCUCAACGAGCUGGCCCGGUGUCCAAAUUACCAAUUAUCACUAUUCAAUAACCUCACUAGAAUCACCAAAAUGCCGCGAAAUAACCCAAAGACUGCUUUUCAACGUACUCGACCUUUACGCAAGAACUCGGUGCAGCAAGACUCCCGAGACAAAUCCAAUGAUCAGGGCUCGAUUGCAGGGGAAGAUGAUGAUCGGGUUGUAGGAAUGAAACAUCGAAGGGUGUCACCCAAAAGACAGUCAGGCAAAAGCAAAAAGUCGUCCUUAGAAGGAGUUGGAGUCUUUGUGGGUCCAAAAACUAGUCGUGAACGACUACAAGAACUGCUUCAGCAACACAUCACCAGGAAGAAGGUCAAAUGUGAUGGCGAAACUGGUCCCGCACGGCGCUCGCAGACGUUAUCAGCUAGACAAUUCAAAAUCGGAAAGUCCGGCGGAGAAGAAGUGAAGUCUGUAGCAAAGGUUCAAGAUCAAACUUCUAACAACAUUGACGUGGAUUACAACAUAUACAAUCAUUCUCAACUUAACGAAAUGCUCAGGGGUGUUGGGCUGGAUAUGUCUGCUGCGGAUAAGGAAGAGCUGGUCAAGCUGUGCCGGGAGUAUCACGAUUUGAUCAUCCUUCCAUCGCCAGAGCCGCCGUCAGAACAACCCAGGUCACGUCAAUCCACAGUGCCUCCAAUUCCAGAUCAGAUUCCAGUUUUACCAGUUCCUACGCUCGCAGAAUUCACGUAUGAAGAUCAAAACCAUCCCCCCCAAAGCCUAAGUCAAUCAACAUCAUCUCUUUCACUUAGGCAUUUUCGAUGGCCUGAAAAUCCUCCGAAAUCUAUCAAGCUACCUCCGAUCACUGAAGCAAGCGCGGUGAAAUCGAAACCCCAACUUACCGUUCCUGCCGUAUCAAAUCCAGAGGGAAAACUCUCAACACGAAAGAAAUUCACAAGAAUCUCUGUCCGAAGAAUUGAUCCUAAAUCAUCCAAAUCUGGUAACGCAGGAAGCUUGGCUCCUGUGCCCUCGCCCAGUUGCCAACUAGCCGAAGCGACAUCCGUGGCGGCUACUUUCGAAAAUCGGGAAUCCGUUGAAAUGUCUUCACCUCAGGCCAGCCCCACUCCUACUAGCAUACCUCGUCUGGAACAUGGUCGGUUAUUGUACCCUCGGCCAAAUCCGACGAAUCUAUCAUCUGCCCUUGCCUCAACGUCUGCGCCCUCUAGAUGUACUAAAGCCACCAAGGGCAAGGGGAAAGCAAAAGCUGACAGCGAUCAAUGGGAGCCAUCCGAAGACGAAAAUGAAAGUGAUCACUCCGGAAAUGAAGACUCUGAAGAACAUAUGUUUUCUCCACUUUUGGAAACCUUCGAUCAGCAGGAACCUCCCCCCCUCUCAACACCAAACCACGAUCCGUCUGGAAUUUCUACUGGGGUCUCACCUCAUUCGGGAACCUUCAAUCGGCAGAAACCUUGUCAUAGCUCAAUACCACACCAUGAUUCGCCUGCGAUCUCGGUUUCCAAAACUGACCUAGGUUCAACACCAUCCCUAUCAAAUAUGAUCAGAGAAAUUUACACCAAUCAGAUUUCAACAAGCUUGGAAAUUUCAAAGAACUCUGCUGCAAUCGAGGAAAUGCUCAAGCUUCUGAAGAAGACAAUUACUAGAAUUGAAGGUUUGAACACUGAGGUCCGUGCUUUGUCGCACGUUGUGACAAAGGUUUCAGGGAGCUCAUCACCUGAAUCAUUGAAUAUCCGAGGUGGCCGGAUUGCCGCACAUAUGCGAUUUCAUGUUGAAACACUAUUUGGCCAAAGAGAAGAUGAUUCAACGUUUCCGGCACCAGCUAGUGAUGAAGAGAAGGCAAAUUGGAUGAAAUCGAGGGAUCUGGAAUCCAUUGAAGCGGAUGUCACAGCGCCAACUUUCACGAUGGAGACAUUGGAUUCCCACUUUCCAUAUCCAGACGGUCCCGGCCACAAGGAUUCCACCCCUACCCAACUAUCUGUCAUGCGACAGAUGAUGAAUUCGGUUGGGGUUCGAAGCUUCCGGCCAGAUUUUUCAAUCUCUCAGCGGACCGGGGAUAAUAAAUGGUUAUGGGACCUCGCUUUGAAGAUAUUUGUCAAGCUUACCGAGUGUGGCGAGUAUCCUGGUGUACCAUCAAACCCUGAGGGUCAAGAACAAAUGAAGAAAUCUUUGACAACAUACGUACAAGGGCUCUCUAAACGAUAUCGCCAAGAGAGUUGGGAUCUUCAGCGUAAGAAUAAAGCUGUAGAAGAAGGAAGGCGCAAUGCCAGGCGCGGGCAUUGGUCGAUGUUGCAUGUAGUGAUGAUGAGACAGAAAAUGAGGAAGUAUUACCGAGCGGCAGCCCUUCAAAAAUUAAUUCAGCACCAUGUCACAUUCGCUCAAUUCCCUGGCGCAGUUUGGAACUACAAGACAUCCUCAUUGGUAUAG